GUGUGUAUGUGCGUGCGUAUUAAUUAAGAAACAGAAGACUAGAAGACCACGUCAAAACCACAUCAAAACAAAAAGCAUGUUCAAUCAAGAAGAGAUGGACCAAUCCGAUGUAAACGAAAGGGCAACGAUGGGAGUACCAGAAAACAUUUUUGCGAUGCUCACGAACACCAAUUUCGUGAAGAUGUUGGCAGAGCAAAUAAAUAACUCGAAUCCUCCGGCAACGUCAACUGGAAGCACAAUAACGGAACCAUCUGUGGAGAAGGUCAGUAUACCCUCCUUCAUAAUACCUCAAUUUGAGAACAGCGACAAGCUGAGGGGUCAUUCCAAUUUCCGUUCAUGGAAACAAAGAGUCGAGCGUGACAUUAGGGCCCUGGGAAGAUCCCAAUUUUUACUUCACAAUAUGGGUGGACCAGAGUGUAGCAUGAGCUUAGAAGAGAAAAACAUGUACAACGCUCAAGUCCUACAAUACUUGGAAGCAUCUUUGCAGCACGCUCCCAGAGCUGUAAUAGAAAACGAAGAAUCGGCAGCUGAAGCCUUCCAAAAACUUAUUCAAAUGUUUGGCAAGAAUGACGUUCAAAAAAUGGUGGAAGUAUUGGACAAUUUUGGAAAAAUAACAUUUUAUCCGAAGAUGAACCCGGUGAACUUCGUCUCACAAUUUGAAAAAGGAGUUCAAGAAUUCAAGGAACUGGGCUUUCCGUUGGACCCGAAGAUCAUCGUGGGAUAUUUUCUCCAUAAAAUCAAGGAUGCUAAUGGUUUCUUGGCGUUUUUCACCACAAUGGCUACACUACCAGAGGAAACGAGGACCUAUGAAUUCGUAAAGAAUGCCUUUCUGGAGGUGGCGAAUAGCCAAUAUUUCAAGGAAGCAGAAAACAAGAAUAGGUCUGAUCGAACAAACAGGGAUGGUUCAAAGAAAGAGAAAUAUCCAGCUAAGAGGUCUCCUUAUUUUAAAGAGAAAAGGGCAGAAAAGAAUCCUUACACACUGGAUCAGUUGGAGAAAAUCAAGAAAAUGGCACCAGCUGAAAAGCGUGAUGCAAGUUGCAGAAAAUGUGGUUUGAUGUUCCACAAGUCAAACACAUAUGUUAACACAGAAAGAUUCUGCUUUUACUGCCAUAAGAAGGGACACGAAAAGAAGGACUGUAGGAAACUGAAAGAUCAAAAAUCUAAAAAUUAAGAAGAAAGAUCUUCCUGCUCUUUGUAUCGG